AUGCUGCUCACGCACAACGACCCGAGGCUGCCGAUCGUUGUUGCUGCAGAUGAUUCCAACCACGGAGUUGGCGAUGUCAUCUCACAUACUUUCCCUCACGGUUCUGAAAAGGCGAUCAUGCAUGCAUCUCGCACGCUAAUUCCUGCGGGGAAGAACUACGGGCAGAUCGAGAAAGAAGCUCUAGUCCUCGUGUUUGUCGUCAAGACGGUCCAAGAACUGUUGUACGGUCGUAACUUCACGUUGUUGACGGGUCACAAACCAUUGCUGUCAAUCUUCGGUUCGAAAAAAGGCAUUUCCGUCUAUUCAGCUAGCCGACUUCAGCGAUGGGCAACCAUCCAUGUUAGCUACGAUUUCGACAUUCGUUACUGCCGCACUACAGACUUUGGUCAGGCUGACGCCCUUUCUCGCCUCAUCGGCAAUAAGCAGGAACCGAAGGAAGACACCGUGAUUGCCGCUAUUGCGAUUGAGGACGAUGUGCGCCGUCAGCUAUCAGACGCCAUACGAGGUAUCCCUGUCACUGCCGCGGACAUCCGACAUUCUACUGAACAGGAUCCUGUCCUCCGUCAGGCCAUCACUUACGUGCAGACCUACUGGUCAACCACUGCUCUCGCUGGCGAUCUUCGCCAGCUCUUCCUCCGCCGAGUAUCGCUAUCUGUGGUUGACUCCUGCCUCAUGUUUGUGGACAGUGUGGUGAUCCCAUCCUCCUUCUGGCCCACUGUACUACGCCAGUUCCAUACGGCUUAUCCUGGCAUUAGCCGAAUGAAGUCAACUGCUCGCAAAUUUGCUUGCUGGCCGGGUAUCGACGGCGAUAUCGACGACCUGGUUCGACGCUGUUCUUGA